UGUUGCAACACGGAGUUCCUGCUCUUUUGAUGAGGAAGUCAACAUGUCGAGUUCGUACAAAAACAGGAUUCAGGAAUUUAACGUGGCCUUAAAAGAGGAGAAGAUCAACCUACAGGCACUUCGUGAACUUUGCUUUAGUGGAAUCCCCUUUGAAGGAGGAAUUCGAGCCUUGUGCUGGAAGAUUCUGUUAAACUAUCUGCCUCCGGAGCAGACAUUAUGGGACUCCUUCUUGAUGAAACAGAGGGAGCUGUACACUCAGUUUCUGAGGGAGAUGAUUAUUCAGCCUGGCAUUGCCAAGGCAAACCUCGGUCUCUCACGGGAGGAUGUCACCCUGGAGGACCAUCCUCUGAAUCCAAACCCUGAGAGUCGGUGGAAUAACUACUUCAAGGACAAUGAGGUGUUGCUGCAGAUCGAUAAAGAUGUCAGACGCCUGUACCCCGACAUGGCCUUCUUCCAGAGGCCCACAGAGUAUCCCUGCCUGCUCAUUCUGGACCCCCAGAAUGAGUACGAGACGCUCCGGCGGCGUGUGGAGCAGACCACCCUGAAAGCUCAGACCGUCGACCGCAACCGCAGCGGAGUGACCAAUGUCAGCUCCCCGGGGAAGGCCCAGAACCUGUACCCGUCUAAUGAGUAUGAAGUGCUUCCCAAUGGCUGCGAAGCACACUGGGAAGUGGUGGAGCGAAUCCUCUUCAUCUACGCCAAGCUGAAUCCAGGCAUCGCCUACGUGCAGGGCAUGAACGAAAUCGUGGGGCCCAUCUACUACACCUUCGCCACAGAUCCCAACUGUCAGUGGAAAGAACAUGCUGAGGCAGACACCUUCUUCUGCUUCACCAACCUGAUGUCGGAGAACAGGGACAACUUCAUCAAGAGCCUGGAUGAUUCUCAGUGUGGGAUCACCUACAAGAUGGAGAGUGUCUACUCUACACUCAAAGAGAGGGAUAUGGAGCUCUACCUCAAACUGCAAGAGCAGAACAUCAAGCCGCAAUACUUCACCUUCCGCUGGCUCACGCUCCUGCUGUCCCAGGAGUUCCUGCUGCCCGAUGUCAUCCGCAUCUGGGACACGCUCUUCUCCGACAAGGACCGCUUCGACUUCCUCAUCCUGGUGUGCUGUGCCAUGCUGAUUCUGAUCCGGGAUCAGCUUCUGGCCGGGGACUUUACAGUGAACAUGAGGUUGCUGCAGGAUUACCCCAUCUCUGAUGUGCACACUAUCCUGAGGAAGGCCAAGGAGCUGCAGGAUGGAGCAUAGCCCUUUGCCCUCUCCUCCUCCCCCGCGGCAUUCUGGGAAAUCACAACUGUCAGCAUGGACAACCGCAGCAGUGACCCUGUGAGGCCGUGAGACCAUACCGCACUGCUGUGCAUUGUGGGAAAAACUCUGUCCACAGGUCUCCUCUCAGCGUUGUCGACCCCCACCCUCUGCAGACGGUAUUCUGUUCAAGCCAUUUCUUUUUGCACUGAAGACUUUGAAAACCAAAAGAGAAACACAAACAUGGUAAAUGCGACAGUACUACAGUAGCUACAGAAACAUUCAAGUAAUAAGUAUAAAACACUCCAUGACUAGUAUUUUUAGUUAGUUUUUUUUUUUUGUGUGUGUUUCUUUGGGUGGGGUUUUUUUUUUUUUUUUUUUGUAAUGCAGUAUUUCUUUUGUAACAGCCUUUAAUCAUGAAAUGAAAGAAUACUGCCUUUUUAUUUAUACAUAAAAAGAACAUGUGGGCAUUUGGUGGACACCAACAUUGCCUCCUCCUUAAUCGAGUGGCAGAUGAAUAUUCCAGACCAUUUAUUGACCUUAACACAUUACAUUACAUUAUUGGCAUUUGGCAGACGCUCUUAUCUAGAGCGACGUACAGUUGAUUAGACUAAGCAGGAGACAAUCCUCCCCUGGAGCAAUGCAGGGUUAGGGGCCUUGCUCAAGGGCCCAACGGCUGUGCGGAUCUUAUUGUGGCUACACCGGGAUUAGAACCACCAACCUUGCGUGUCCCAGUCAUUUAACUUAACCACUAUUCUACAGGCCGCCCCUUUAGUUUAGGGACACUGUCCACUUGGGCAGUGUGUAGAUUGAAUACUACCAAUGCUACCAGUGGGAGGGUCAAGCAGGAUGUUCUGAAAUCAUAUGCUUUACCAAGUAAAGUUAUGAGUCCUCAGAUAUCCAGCCUGCAAACUGUCUGCCAUGGUCUUCAUAGGACGGGGUGGACUUUGAGGAUCUUGAUGGUAUUGUGUAAUUCCUUGUUUUGUUUUUUUUGUCUGUUUUUUAAUCCGUAUUGAUCGGAGCAUGUUGUACUGUUGUCUGAGUGUGUUUGGGGAAAGUGAAUGUCCUAAGUCUUCUUUUUUAUUGUCAGUGACAAAACCAAACUGGGUUUUGGGUCCGUCGUGGCUUUAUAACAUGUAAGCUUUGGGUGUGGCCUAAUAUAUCCCACUGUUGUGGUCUGUUGUAAUUCACUGACAUGUGUACACAUAUGGGUACAGGUGUGACUGUUUAAGCUGAACUCAGAUCUGCAGGACAGUCUGAGGGGCUACCCACAGAGCGUUUAUUAAGACAAGCAUUUUACUAUACUCUGCCAGUCUGUCCUAUUCAUUCUCAUGGACUUACAGAAAGGAGAGGAGUGUGCUUUUGUGUUACUGAAGUUGUACUGUCAUGCAACAAGGUGAAUUACACAGGACCUACUUUCUUUUGAUUUGGCAGGCCUUGAGAUAAGCUCUGAGAUCUUGAAUUUCAUAUUUACUUUCUUGAGUUAAAAAAAAAAAGUAUCGAUAUAAAGCCACAUUGCAUGUCAACACACAGUUGUGCUUCCACCAUGUUUGUUUUUUAUUGUUAUUUUUUAAUGAUCUAUUUACAGAAUUCCUGCCUGUUUAUCAAGGGUUGAUUUGUUUUGGAGCUUGAGAUUUGCCACUAAGAGAAGGUGACUCAUAACUUAUAAAUAACACUUAUAAAUUCUAACUUCUAACACUUAGUUAGUGUCCAGUGUCCAAGUCCAAGUCCAGUCUAUUGGAGACCUAAGGGUUUUGGUGUGUAUGCCACGUAGACACCAGAUGAUGAAGAGCUUUUUUUAAUACAGUAAUAUGACCCUGGCAUUGGCUCAAGUAUAAUUGCACAAUAUUAAUGUAUACCUAUAUUCCCCUGUUGAAUCUUCAGUUACUUUUUCACUGCCCUGGGAGGGAAUUGGAGUGAGGGUGGAAAACGCAUUAAACUGUUAGGUAAUGUCUUUCAGUACUGCGGAUUAUGCACCGAGUAGUUACGAAAGUUGAUUGUGCUCUCUAAAAUAUUCUGCCUUUUUCUCUGUUUUAUAUCUAAGUGUUUUGCUUUUGGAGCCGUUGAAUAAUGAAGGAAUCUUUGAUUGGUGAUACAUGUAUAAGUGGGAGUAUUUGGGUUAGUGUGCCAGAUUUUCUGUUUUGUAACCAUGGAUCUGAUUACUUUGCAGAGCCUUUCACCAUUUAUAGUCUUAACUGAUCAGUUUCUCUUUUUUGUGGUAUGUUGCUAAUAUGGUGGUAGAAAAACCUUCCAAACUACCAAACACACAGACUUACAAAAGAUGUUAAUGGGCUGAAGCGUAUUUCAUAUCAGCACAUUUUUUGGCCUUUGGCCUUUUUGUUCAGUCAGCAUUCUCAGCUUCUUUGUUCAGGUUAAACUUAUAGACAUCUUGUCCUCGGCUGCUCCUUUUGCAGUGGUCAGUUAGUCUCAGCGCAGUAGUGAGCCCCAUAGCCAGCUGAGUCAGGCUGCCACCUGGGCCUGUUUCUCCCUCCAUCUCUUCCACUCUCCUUUCCAUGUCUUCCUCCAAUAUUCUCAUCUUUCCCUUUUCUUCCUCCUCUGCUCCUUCCCCUCACCGGGGCUGACAUCACUGGGGUACAGUGCAGACGAGGCCCCCUGAUGUGGUGGCUUGCCUCAGGCAGGAACACUCCCACACAGUGCGGUCCCCUGCCUCCACGUCUUUAGCUGGCCUUGGACCCCUGCUGCUCCCCUGCACUCUCCUCCUGUCCCCAAAACAUCCCCCCUCUCCAUCAACACUCGUAAACCUCACCCCUAACCUGCAUACCUCUACGAUGUCACAUAGCUGCAGUAGCUAAUAGCUCCUACAACUGCCCAAGUUUGUGUCUACAUUGCUAAGAGUUCCUCAGUUAAAACGGAAUUGUUUGGAUACUUUAAGAAUGUUCUCAGCCAUCCGGGUGAACAAUAAUGUUUUGAUGUGAAAGAAAGUCCUGGUGAGGCUAUAUCAUGUCUAUAUGGGAGAUUAGCACAACAGCUGUAUUUGAUCCUGUGCAGGUUUUGCCUAAUAAGACAUUGUUUCUCUCUUUUAACAACCUACUGAAGCUGUAUUGAUCGUGCCUUGUCAAACUGCGUAUCAGAUGCAUAGCUUGAGCACGUCUAGUUGAUUUUUAAACAGCUAUCUGUACUAUUUGUUGUUUUUAAAACAUUAUUAGUUAUAACAUUGCAUGCAUCAUUUUGAAUUUGUUGCUUUGCACCAUUGUAAUAAUAAUGGUUCUUGUGUUUCCUGGAUUGAUGGCUGUCAUGUCAAAACUAUAUACUUAACGUGGCAAUUGUUUCCUUUUGUUUAGUUUUAUCACAGUAAAUACACCCUGAAAUAAAAAAAUUAGGAAUAAAGGAAAAAUUGCUUCAGCGUUGGUCUCCAUAAUCGUGUUUGUGUUGAUGUGAUUUAUCAUUAUUCUAAUUAUGAAUCCCUCAAAGCAUAUUCAUACUUUAUGCAUUUCAAAUACUAGAACUUUGCCUCUGAAGACCAUUUCAAAUGCAAGUGUGAGACGUGUACAUGCACGGCCCUGUUUUCUUCACUCACCAUUGUUUGUAAUGAUACAUUCUUUUUUUUUCUUUUUUUUUAAUAAAGUUUGAGGUAACCAGUGGCCUUGUAUCGGUGGGAAAAUGGACACGUGGGGUUGGGACGGGUAGAGUGCAUUGGGUGGUAUAAUGACUAGGUAAUACCUCUAAUUAAAAACAUGUGCAUGUGUGUUCGUGUGUUUGUGUGCUUCAUCCAAAGAAGCCUGUUCAGAAGAAUAAAGAAAAAUUGUAGUCCACCCCAACAAGUGCUGCCAGGAAUGUUUUGGACAUUUCAGAAUGUAUUGCAUUGUGGUCACUUUUCUUAUGAAAGACGUGCUAAGAUAAGGAGCUACGGGCAAGGUCACUCAAAGCUAACUGCUGGGGACAGGGUUCCUGGCUUAACACUAAUAACACAGAGUACAUGCACUGUGGAGUCACACUGCUGAUGUUCCCAUUUAUUGAUUGAUUCGUUCUCACUGAUGAGAACACUGUCUUUGCUUGGCAACUUCCUCUCCCAUUCUGGCUGCACUCAGUCACUUCUUAAGUGCUGUUAAUGAUGUUAUAUGUGUAUGCUCUAGAUAAUAAUGCAUUGAUAUCUGAUGAUCUCGUCUAUUCAUCCAAGUUGCACGGAGGUGUCAGGCGUCGUGUUAUAUGUGGUAAAGCAGAAGGAUUUUGUAUUACCUGGACCCUGUGUGAUCAACAUAGAAUAGACUGGUCAUUUUGGUGGUGGUGACUCCUUGUGUUGGGAGUGGUUGGAGGGUUUUAAAUCUCAAAGGUUUUAAUGCAGGUGGUUUUCCACAUACUGUCCAAAAAAAAAGAAAGAAUUGGUUGAAUCUGGAUGUACAGGUAAAAUUGUGAAUCUAAUUUCAAUAAUAAAUCAUAAAGGAGGAGUGUGUUUUUGUGAAUGCUAGAAAGCACCUAAGCAAAAGUACCUGAACUAUGUAAAAUGUAUCAACAGUGUCAACAUAUUUUUUCUAACACAUACUGUGCUCUUAUGGAAUCCUUUUUUAAAAAGUAUCCUAUUCUUUUUGGAGUUUGUCUGUGUGCGUGCGUGUGCGUCUGUACAUGUGCAUUCAUUUGUAUGAAUGAGUGUGCCCAUGUACACAAUCCUAGUUUCUGUUUUUGCAUGUGUAUACAGUUUUAGUUAGGUAGCUGCUCUUUAGUAUCAUAUAAAAUGUUUUUACAGUGUUUGCAAUUACUUAAUAAAUGUCCUGAAAAUA